UCCAUCAUGACCCUUUCUCAUGAGCAGCUGCAGAAAGGAAAGAAAAUCCCUCGGCUCUAAAAUGACAUCCGGAGAAGCUAAAACGAGCCUAAAAAAUGCCUAUCCAGCUGCCAAGAGGCCGUUUCCAAAGGCAGAGGAGGAGGGGAUGGCGGAGGAUGACUACUGCACCCCUGGAGCCUUUGAGCUGGAGCGGCUCUUCUGGAAGGGCAGCCCCCAGUACACCCACGUCAAUGAGGUCUGGCCCAAGCUCUACAUCGGUGAUGAGGCAACCGCGUUGGACCGCUAUGGACUGCAGAAGGCGGGCUUCACGCACGUGCUCAACGCCGCGCACGGCCGCUGGAACGUGGACACCGGGCCUGACUACUACCGCGACAUGACCAUUGAGUAUCACGGCGUGGAGGCUGAUGACCUGCCAACCUUCGACCUCAGCGUCUUCUUCUACUCCGCGGCCGCCUUCAUCGAGGAGGCGCUGCGUGAGGACCACAGUAAGAUUCUGGUUCACUGCGCCAUGGGCCGCAGCCGCUCGGCCACCCUGGUUCUGGCUUACCUGAUGAUCCACAGGAACAUGACCCUGGUGGACGCCAUCCAACAAGUCGCCAAGAACCGCUGUGUCCUCCCCAACCGGGGCUUUCUGAAGCAGCUCCGAGAACUGGACAAGCAACUUCUGCAGCAGAGGCGGCAGGCCCAGCGAGCGGACGGCGUCGGUGAGGAGCCCGAGGCCGGGGAGCAGUAG